AUGCCAGUGGAAAAGCCAAGUUCUUCAAGAGUUAUUGGUAAGCAAUCUGAGCCUGAAAAGCCAGUUGAAUCUGAUGAGAAGGUCAACCUUGAAGAAGAACCUGAGGAAGAAAUGGAAGAAGAGAUUGAAUAUGAAGAAGUAGAAGAAGAGGAGGAAGUGGAAGAAAUAGAAGAGGAGGUGGAAGAAGAAGAGGAGGACCCAGAGGAGGUAGAGGUAGAGGUAGAGGAAGAGGAAGAAGAGGAAGAGGAGGAGGAGGAGGAGGAGGAGGAAGUGGAAGAAGACACGAACAUUGAUGAUGAUGAGAAGAAGAAACAUGCUGAACUUCUUUCUCUUCCUCCUCACAAGUCUGAAGUUUACAUAGGUGGCAUUCCUCUUGAUGCCUUAAUGGAAGAUUUGAAAGAUUUUUGUGAGCGUAUUGGGGAAGUUGUACAGGUUCGAAUAAUGAAAGGAAAAGAUUCUUCGGAGAAUAAGGGUUUCGCUUUUGUGCUUUUUAAAAAUGAAGAACUGGCUUCUAAAGCCAUUGAGGAUCUGAAUAAUACUGAAUUUAAGGGUAAAAAAAUAAGAUGUUCUACAUCUCAAGCAAAAAAUCGUCUUUUUAUUGGCAAUAUUCCUAGAAGCUGGGGCGAUAAAGAUCUAAAGAAGGUUGUGAGUGAGAUUGGACCUGGUGUUACCGCUGUUGAACUAGUCAAGGAUAUGAAGAACAUAAUCAAUAACCGCGGUUUUGCUUUUAUUGACUAUUAUAAUAAUGCAUGUGCUGAAUAUUCGAGACAAAAGAUGAUGAACCCAACAUUUAAGCUUGGUGACAACUCCCCAACAGUGAGCUGGGCUGACCCUAAAAAUUCUGAUUCCUCUGCCUCAUCUCAGGUGAAGGCAGUAUAUGUGAAGAAUCUUCCUAACAAUGUAACUCAAGAGCAGUUGAAGAAGCUUUUUGAACACCAUGGGAAGAUCACAAAGGUGGUUCUUCCACCACCAAAAUCUGGUCAGGAAAAGAACAGAAUCGGCUUUGUUCAUUUUGCAGAGCGAUCAAAUGCUAUGAAAGCACUAAAGAAUACUGAAAGAUAUGAAUUAGAAGGUCGAAUGUUAGAGUGUUCUCUAGCAAAACCACAGGCUGAUCAGAAGGCUGUAGUAUCAAAUAUACAGAAUCAAGGAUUGCUUCCAAGUUAUCCGCCACAUCUUGGUUAUGGUUUGAUUGGUAAUCCCUAUGGUGCACUUGGGGCUGGAUAUGGUGCUCCUGGUCUUGCACAGCCUUUGAUGUAUGGACCGGGUCAAACUCCCGCUGGAAUGGCCAUGAUGCCGAUGCUUCUGGCUGAUGGACGCAUUGGAUAUGUCUUGCAACAGCCAGGAUUGCCCCCACAAACCCCGCCUUCACAUCAAAGAGGUGGCAGGAGUAGUGGAGGCGGCGGAAGUAGUGGUGGGAGUGGCAGCAGGAAUACGGGCAGUUCAAGUAAGGGAAGGCACAGCAAUGAUAAUGGUCAUGGGCGAAGAUACCACCCUUACUAG